AUGUCAGGUGAAUCCUCUUCAUUCUCAAAUGAACAUUCAUUAGGAGAUACAGUAGUUGGUUAUAUAUGCUUGUUUAUUUCAGUAAUACUCUUUGGCUCAAAUUAUAUUGUAACAAAAAAAUACCCAGUUGGAGAUGGAUUUUAUUUUACUUUUAUGAUGGGCUUAGGUGUAAUGGUUGUAGGGGUAUUCGUAAUGUUAAUACGUGGUACAUUCCAUCAAGGCCCUAUAUUUUUAGAACCAUUUUCUAUGAUUGGAGGAUUACUCUGGGCGACAGGGAAUCUAACUUCUGUUCCAAUUAUUCAGUGUAUUGGACUCUCUCUUGGUCCAAGUAUAUGGGGAAUAUUUAAUAUGAUCACUGGCUGGGUAACAGGUACUUUCGGAUUGUUUGGUUUAAAUGCAGAUAAAGAUGAUAUCAACAUAUUUUGGUUAAAUUGUAUUGGUGCAUUACUUGCUGGGUGCUCUGUUCCAUGUUAUGCAAUGAUUAAAGUUAAAAGUAAAAAAGAAAGUCAAGAAGAAAAAAUUAAUAUCAAAUAUAAAAAAAUUGAAGAAAGUCCUCUUGUUCAAACAAAUGAUGAAUUUGUUGAAGAACUUAACCAUCAUUCAAAAGAUGGUGACGAUGAUGAAACGCCAAUAUCUAAAACGAUCGAACAUCUUCCAAAAUGGACUAAAAUGAUUCUUGGAAUUGUAUUAGCUAUUAUCGCUGGAAUAAUGUAUGGAUCGAAUUUUGAUACUCCAAACUAUUUAAGAAACAAUGGUUUAGCAUCUCCUGAUGGUAUAGACUAUGUAUUUCCUCAAUACAUUGGAGUAUUUUUGGGGUCUGCCACGUAUUUUAUGAUGUAUGCUAUUAUAUUUAGAAAUCAACCAUUUAUCUAUAAUCAAACUGCUAUCCCUGGUCUUAUCUCUGGUGCAAUGUGGGGAAUUGCUCAAGCGUUAUUGUUCAUUGCUAAUACAAGUUUACCGUAUGUUGUUGUUUAUCCAAUAGUCACUACAGGUCCUGGACUAGUAAGUUCACUUUGGGGAAUCCUUGUAUUUAGAGAGAUUAGAGGAAUAAAAAAUUUCAUUUUCUUUGGCUGUGGUACUUUGGUGUUGUUUUCAGGACUCAUUUGUAUUAUUUGUUCGAGAUAA